GAUGCCCGCUGGGCGCCCGCGAAACUUUGUCGGCUCCCGCUGAAGGGCUGCGGCGCCCCCGCGCCUCCGCGCCCCGCUCCGGCCAGGAGCCUUCACAUAAAUGGGUCCAGUCAUGCCUCCGAGUAAGAAGCCAGAAAGCUCAGGAAUUAGUGUCUCCAGUGGGCUGAGUCAGUGUUACCGGGACAGUGGUUUCUCCAAGGCCCUGCAGGAGGACGAUGACCUUGACUUCUCUUUGCCUGACAUCCGAUUAGAAGAGGGGGCCAUGGAAGAUGAAGAGCUGACCAAUCUGAACUGGCUUCACGAGAGCAAGAACUUGCUGAAGAGCUUCGGGGAGUCGGUCCUCAGGAGUGUCAGCCCUGUCCAGGACCUGGACGAUGACACCCCUCCAUCCCCUGCCCACUCUGACAUGCCCUACGAUGCCAGGCAGAACCCCAACUGCAAACCCCCCUACUCCUUUAGCUGCCUCAUAUUUAUGGCCAUCGAGGACUCUCCAACCAAGCGCCUGCCAGUAAAGGAUAUCUACAACUGGAUCUUGGAACAUUUUCCGUAUUUUGCAAACGCACCUACCGGGUGGAAAAACUCAGUGAGACAUAAUUUGUCUUUGAAUAAGUGUUUUAAGAAAGUGGACAAGGAGAGGAGUCAGGUAAGCCCUCUGGGUCUGGAACUCACGUUUUUCUUUUUUAAAAUGUGUCAUUUCUCCCCAUAAAAAAAAAGCGUGAGGGAUGUAUGUUCACCACACCGAAG